GUAACGCGCUCGUAAACUCAACACACCACGACCGAGCAGACAACAGCAGCAGCAGCAGCAGUUGGGUCCCACAAGAAGCUCGAGCAGAACCCCGGCCUCCCGCACCAGGGCCGCCCCGCGCUCUCCGCAGCCAAUCGCCCGCCAGCAGCCGACCCGUCAGGAGCCCCUCGACCCCGCUCUUGCAACCGCCGUCGACUCUCGCGCCAACAGCACCUCCCUCUCUCUCUCUUUGAGAACCAACCACACUCCCCCAACUCCGUACAAGAUGUGCCGCAGUUCCGUCUUCAUCGUCCUCGGUCUGGUCGUGAUGGUCGCCGCCGUAAGCCAGGCCCGCUACCUCCCAACCCGCGCCGAUGACUCCAGGCUGGACGAAAUCAGGGAACUUAUCAGAGAGCUGCUGGAGCGCACAGCAGAAGGAGGCAACAACAGAAUGAUGGCCAACUCCGGAUACGAAAAGCGGUAUCUCUUCAAGCGAUCUGCAGUCCCCGAAGGCAGCAGCAGCAACAACAACAACAACAACCUCAGCAACCUCUCCGGAGGCGAAGUAGCGACGCCUCUCAUCAACCUCCCCCAGUAAUUAAGACCCCCCCCAAAACCCCCAAACCCUCCACACACACACACUAAAAGAAAAGAAAAAACAAAAAAAUAUAUGAGAAGUCCCUCUACAUAAAAAAAAACCUUCCCUACAUAUAUAAUAGAAACUUUCAACGGCCAUCAAUGUUAUCUCAGCCGCGAUUGGGUCUAGCUAUGUCGUACACACACCCUGUAAACUCUCUGUCAUGUUAUGUACUGUACUGUAUUCAUUGUUUGUCAUGAUCUUUCAUUUUCCAACAUAAUGAU